AUGACGCAAGAAUGCACUAUCAAGAAGAUUAUCGACGACCUAACUGCGUUACAGCAUCAGUUAGAAGAUGGCAUUUCUAAAUCCGAGAAAGCUACUGUUAACAACUAUGGACAACCAAACGAAGGAUCAAUCAGGGAGAACAGACCAUCUUGGUGUGACCGGGUCAGAGAAAGAGUUAGAAGAAUCGGUAGAGUCAAGAGCCAUGCAAGCGACAGUGGAGGCAGUCUAGGAGGAAGCAGAAGAGGCAGGCAAAGGAAGGGCCAAAAUGAAGUGGACGCAGACCUCGAGGUCAUGAAAUUGCAGAGUGACAUCCGUCAGAUGAAGGCUGCGUUUGAGAACCUGACUGAGUUUCAAACCAAUAUAAACACGUCCUUGGCCCGUGAUCUUCCUUCAAACAAACUAGAAGCAAUACUGAAGAAGACGCAUUCAAUCAAGUCCCGUGCUCUCGAUCUCAAGGAAAUCAGAAGAAAGAUCUUCAACCUGAAGUGCCAGAUCCCAUCGUUGCUCUACAAACAAUCAUCCAGAGGGUUAAGCAUCACGGAUUCUCUAACUGCCGAGGAAAAUGCUCAGAUCGACGAGACCGGGAGCAACAUUUACUUGCCACGCCUCCACGUUUCUGAAAAGUUCAUAUGUUCGCCAGCUUUUGAAGAAGUUGUGGAGAAGUUUGAAGGCCUUCAUGAGUUCACACAUAAGCUAUGUUUGCUGUCCUUCGCCGUGUUCCCGGAGAACAAAGAGAUUAAAAGGACAAUGCUGAUGUAUUGGUGGAUCGGAGAAGGUUUCAUCUCUAGUGAUGAUUCUGAAAACUCAGUAACGACAAUUCUUGAUGAAUUCUCAGCAAAAAAGUUAAUUGAGCCGGUCGAAGAUGAGAGGAAACUGGAACCAAGUGGUUAUAAGAUGGAGCCUCAUGUGCACUCUGCAAUUAUUUACUUAGCCACCAAGCUCAUGUGCCUAUUUGAUCUCUACGACUCGAAUGGGAAGCUUAUCAUGAAAAGAUCAGUGAAGGAAAUGGUCUGCCUAGUAAGAGAAUCGUCGUUGCUACGAGAGGCGAAAACCUCUGCAAUGAAACCGAGAACCUUGAAAUCGGUUUUCAAUUCCUCUGAACGGUACCCUGAUUUCACAUUCAAGUGGUUUCCAGAGAUGGAAUCACUCAAGGUGCUAUAUUUAGGAAGAUGGGAACGGACUGCGAAGCGCCACAUUGAAGUCGAGAGCACAGAGUUUCUUAAGAACAUGAAGGCUCUUAAGAAUCUGAGGCUCGCAAGUUUCCAAGGCAUCUCGAGGAUCGAAAAGCUUGAGAAUUCCAUUUGCGACCUCCCUCAAUUAGUGAUCUUGGAUCUUAGAGCAUGCUACAAUCUAGAGAAGCUUCCUGAUGAUAUAGGCUCACUUAGGAGUCUGAUUUACUUGGAUGUGUCACAGUGCUACAUGCUAGAUGGCAUGCCUAAGGGGAUUGAAGAUCUUUUGAAACUAGAAGUUCUUAAAGGCUUUGUGAUUAGUCAGAGCGAUGAGGAACAGAAGUGUGCGGUUAAACGCUUGGUUAAGCUACGGAAGCUAAGCAUUACUGUAAAUAAAAACAAUUUCACGGUGGAAAAAUUUAUGGAGUCAUUGAAAACCCUCAAGCAACUUGAGAGUCUGAAAAUAGCAUGGGGAGCUACGAACGAGGAGAAGCAACAAGGUCCUGCAGCAGAGGAGAAACAAGACGAUCAAGUUCAUAAGAAAGAAAAGAUAAGUGAGGAGAAGAAAGGGGAUGUAGAAGAAAAGGGUAAUCGAGAAGUGGGACCAGAAAGCGGCGUCAGUAGUAAGAAAGAAGAUGGAAAUGGAGAUGGAAUUAAUGAGAAAUCUAAUCUAGAAGAAGGAAAGAAGCACGGUGAGGUAAAAGCAGAGAGCUUGAAGUCUGAUAAGGCCGUCGAGGGAGAGACGAAGGCAAGUCCUUCCCGAGAGUCAGCAGAGACGAUCCAGAAAAAGCUUGACGAUCAGAAAGGGAAAAGCAAAGUGGAAGAUGAAAAAGAAAACGAUGGAGACAAGGGGAAGGCUGAUCAAGAGGAAGGAAAGAAGCGUGAUGAGGUGAAAGCAGAGAGCUUGAAAUCCCAAGAGGAAACAGGGACGAUCCAGAAUAAGCCAGAGGAUCAGGAAGGAAAAAGCAAAGCGGAAGGAGAUGGAGAUAAGGAAACGAAGCAAAAUGAGGUAGAAGCAGAGACUUCUGAUGCUGAAACUUCUGAAUCAGAUAAAGGUGUUGAAGGAGUUAAGAAGGCGAGUCCUUCCCGAGAGUUAACAGAGAUGAUUCAGAAGAAGCCAGAUGAUAAGAGCAAAGUGGGAAAGGAAGCAAAUGGAGAUAAAGGGAAGGCUGAUCUAGAGGAAGGAAAGAAGCAAGAUGAGGCAGAGGCAGAGAAAUUGAAAUCAGACAAUGGUAUUGAAGGAGUUAAAAAGGAGAGUCCGUCUGGGGAAGCAACAAACACAAUCCAAAACAAGCCAGAUGAUCACCAAAAGGAUGACAAACAAGAAGAGCAGAAAGGUAGGGAAAAUGAGAGAGUUAAUCUAGAAAAAGGAACGAAGAAAAAUGAGGUAAAAGAAGAGAGCUCAAAACCAGACAAGAUUAUUGAGGGAGAUGAGAAAACAAGUCCACAGCAAGAAUCUAAAGACACUGUGAAGAGCAAGCCAAAUGGUUACCAAAGCGGUGACAAACAAGAAGAGAAAGGAGAUGGUAAAAAAGAAAAAGUUAAUCUAGAAGAAGAAAAGAAGAAAGAUGAGGUGAAAGCAGAGAGCUCAAAGCCAGACAAGAUCACCGAGAAAGAUGAGAAGACAAGUCCACAACAAGAAUCCAAAGACACGAUCCAGAGCAAGCCAGAUGAUCACCGAAGUGGUGACAAACAAGUAGAGAAAGGAGAUGGUGAAAAGGAAAAAGUUAAUCUAGAAGAAGGAAAGAAGAAGGAUGAGGUGAAAGCAGAGAGCUCAAAACCAGACGAGGUCAUCGAAGGAGAUGAGAAGACAAGUUCACCACAAGAAUCUAAUACGAUCCAAAGCAAGCCAGAUGAUCACGAAGUAAAUAGCAAAGUGCAUGAAAAAGGAGAUGGAGAAAAGAUCAAGGGUGCUUUAAAGAAGUUUGUUGGAGGAGAAGGAAAUACUCAGAAGUCAGACAAGAACAAGCUUGGUAAGAAAGUGAGUUUUUCAGAAGAACCGAGAGCUCCUAUCCAGAAGAAGCCGGAUGAUUUGAAAAAAGAGAACGAUGAAACGGCAUCACCAUCAAAACCUAAAAUGACAGCUCCCAAGAGAAGCGAGACCAAGAAACAUGGGAAAAGAGAGCAAGAAUCGGAAAUAGAUACCUCUAAGCUUCCUUCUAGCUUGAAAAAGUUGGAGCUGGAAUGUUUUCCUGAAGAAGAACCUCCAAUUUGGCUAAAUCCCAAAAAUCUUGACAAACUUGAAAAACUCUCAAUCAAAGGAGGAAAGCUUAGCAGAAUCAGCGACGAACAUCCAACUGCAGGAAGCAACUGCAGCAUUCACAUCUUACGUUUGAAAUAUUUGCAUGAAUUCAAAGCUGAGUGGAAAGAUUUGCGGGCACAGUUUCCAAAACUGAAAUUGCUGGAGAAAUAUAAAUGCCCGAAAGUCGCAUUCUGUCCCACAGAUGGUAAUGGAGUCUGGAGGAGGUCACAGCCAUAG